ACGCGUAAACGAAGCUCGACACACAACAACAACAUCGUUGUGUAAGUGUCCGAGCACAGCGGAGAGAAAGUCGCUGUGUUCUCUGAUCAGUUCCAGACAUGGCCCUUGUGCGGUUAUGUGCCUCACUCAGCAGACACGCGCCGGCUGUGGAGUCUGUCUUUAAGGUGUCAGGGUGUUCACGGGCUGCCAGCGGAGCGGCGAAGGACAAGGAGCCGCUGAAGAAAGCCAAGACCCCGCAGGGUCUGUUUGACAGCCCCGAGGAGAAGAGCAAAGAUGUUCUGGAAAAGUUCCCUGAUGAUGUGAACCCUGUAACCAAGGAGAAGGGGGGUCCUCGGGGGCCAGAGCCCACCCGCUACGGAGACUGGGAGAGAAAGGGCCGCUGUGUGGACUUCUAGUUCAUUACCCAUAAAUCUGAUACAUCACACCUGUAUUAUGGAGAUGUAUAGUCAGCUGCACUUUGAAAACCAUUGAUUGUGUUUGCGGUGCACUCCAAAUCUGAGUUUCUGAUCAGAAGGUGAGCUCUGUUUCUGAAUGUAUUGAAUGAAUACUUACAGGGAACAAAGAUAAUUAUUUAUACAUUUUGGACGAAUGGACUCGUGUAUCCUGAAUUUUGUUCAAGGGGUCAUGCUCCAAAAACAAAAUGUCAUCAGAAAUCACUUAAAUACACGAGGCUCCAAGACAUGUUUAGGUGUUUUGUUUCAGGCUAGGGUGAGACGUGGUUCUGAGUGCUGGUCCUGUAUGCUCACUGUAUUCUGUCCACAAGUAUGAAUGUUGAGAUCAAUAAAAGGAAAGAUGGUUCUAUGUACAA